AUGUUGAAUAAGAUCAUCUUCUACGAGGACAAGAACUUCCAGGGGCGCUCUUAUGAGUGCAUGGGAGACUGUUCUGAUAUGCACUCCCACCUCAGCCGCUGCCACUCCUGCAAGGUGGAUAGCGGUUGCUUCAUGGUGUACGACCGUCCCAACUACAUGGGCAACCAGUACUUCAUGAGGAGGGGCGAGUAUUCCGACAUGAAUAUGCUGAGUUGGAAUGACUGUAUUAGAUCCUGCCGCAGUAUCCCCAUGCACGGAGGACAGUACAGAAUGAGGAUCUACGAGAAGGAGAACUUUGGUGGUCAGAUGAACGAGCUGAAUGAUGACUGUGACUCCAUCAUGGACCGCUACCGCAUGUCUGACUGUAUGUCCUGCAACGUUAUGGAUGGCCACUGGCUCAUGUAUGAGCAGCCCCACUUCAGAGGCAAAAUGAUGUACAUGAAGCCUGGAGAGUACAAAAGCUUCAGGAACAUGGGAUUCAACAACACAAAAUUCAUGAGCAUGAGACGUAUCACUGAUACGAUGUAA